AUGGCUAAGAACAAACCGCUGGCCGGGUUCGGGAUCGAGGAAGUCGAGGGAGCGCCACAAUUGCAGGAUUCAAAUCCUCACGAAUAUUGGGCAGAUAAAUCAAUUUCCCUGAAAGGUGGCAAUCAUGUUGACAAAGCAGCUGCUGGUGAUAAUCCACCUGCUAAGCGCAGGCGCAGGUGGUCGCUCUGGAUUGCGGCAGCUGGAGUUUUUGCCCUGUUAGCUGCAAAGCUGUGCACUCCAGGCGCGUCACCGAAUUCCCUAAAGAAACGGGAGUGGGAGGGAAUCGGUUUGGAUGAAGGUGGAGGGUUCAGUGCGGACUUGGGUGGCGAUAUGUGGGAUGUGAAUGCGGAGCCGAAAGCGGUCGUGACAUUCGCUCCCUUUAUGGCCGCAGAUGAUGUGUACUUCGAAGGUACCCCCCAUUUGAAGCCACAGACUGUCCCGCUUGCCCAGGAACAAUCCGAGGACCUCUCAAUCGAUGUAAGCGGGAUCCCGAGGGCAUGGGCCGCCUAUCUCGACGGGAAGAAGCCGGAGGAAACAGUUCCACAGGAGCAGGAGACUCCAAAAGGUGGGGAAAGUCUAGACUGGCUAACGCAAUUUGCUAUCCCUGGAAGCCAGGGUAGCCGGCCUGUGCGGGUGCAAAUCCGCUCCGGGGACGCGAUGAAAGUAGCUCGUGAAAUAUCGAACAGGUACUUUGGCACCGUCUCCGGGGAGGAGCCAAAGCAACCGGCGGAAGCCGUAGCAAGUCAAGUGUUCAACCGUUUGGUAGGAAGACUAGGUAGCGGCGUGGUGACAGUUGUAACGGAGGCCAAUCGCCUGUCGACCACGACUUUUGACGCUCGUUCGAGGAAUCUGAGAGCACAGCUUGCACUUCUGGAGAUAGGGAAUGAGGUGGGGAGACUCAAGGAACGGCAGAAAGAAGCCUUGAAGAACUUGGAGCAGGCUAAGACCAAACUGGAGGCUGGGGACGGUGGUGGGGAGGCGGAGGCUGAGAGAAAGGAGGCAAUUCAGAAAUACAAAUCCUUGUUGUCAUCUGAGAAGUACUUAAUGGGGACGUUAGUGCAGCUAGCAUCUCGAUGGGCAGGGGAGACAACAAAAAUUCUCACCAGUGUUGCCUCUAUCAUCACGUCGCCGGCCAUGGCUGACAUCGAAGAAAUAUCUAAUCUUAAAUUCAGCGUUUUCAACAUUCCAUCGAUGGUCAAGAAGGUAUACGACAUGUCCGACGUGGUGCAGAGGGAAGCACGCAGUAAGAACCCAUGCCGUCUUGUUGAGGAUGUUGCGGCGAAACGCGCGGAAGAUAUCAAUGUACUAGCGUCCAGCAUUGAGCUGCUUUCUUCUGCGGAAUUUGAUCAAGUCGUGCAGCGACAGAAUGCGGGGCUCACAAGAAGCAGAGGAGAGUUCCGUUCGACUCUUAUGAAAAAGAAACAGGAUUCGUGGCUUGCGGAUGUAAUUUGA